UUACACAAAAGAACAAAGAUGGGCAACCCACAUGUUCUAGCUAUACCUUAUCCAGCACAAGGCCAUGUGAUUCCCCUGAUGGAGCUUGCACAGUGCUUAGUCAAACACGGUUUCAGAGUCACAUUUGUAAACACUGAGUUUAAUCACAAGAGGGUCAUGAAUGCAUUGUCAGAGAAGAAUAACAUAGGAGAUCAGAUACAUCUUGUUUCAAUCCCAGACGGGAUAGAACUAUCGGAGGAUAGGAAUGACCUGGGGAAGCUAUCAGAAGCAAUCUUCCAGGUCAUGCCUGGAAAGCUGGAGGAGCUCAUAGAAAAUAUUAAUGGAUCAGAUAAUGAUAAGAUCACUUGCAUUAUUUCAGAUGAGAGUAUGGGAUGGGCCCUCGAAGUUGCGGAGAAGAUGGGAAUCAAGGGAGCAGUCUUCUGGCCUGCAGCAGCGGCACUGCUGGCUUUGAUAUUCAGGAUUCCGAAGCUGAUUAACGACGGAAUCGUAGAUAAUGAUGGGACUCCAACAAAGAACCAGAUAAUUAACUUGUCAACAACCAUGCCAGCCAUGAGCACAGAAAACUUCGUAUGGGCCUGUAUUGGUGACUUCACUGCUCAGAAAAUUGUUUUUGAACUUAUGAAAAAAACUAUCGAAGUUGCAGAGAGGGCAAACUGGCUGAUUUGUAACUCAACUUUUGAGCUGGAGCCUGCAGCAUUUACCUUAUUUCCGAAGUUCUUACCUAUAGGCCCACUUUUAUCAAGCAACAACCUUAGAAAGUCAGCAGGUAACUUUUGGCCAGAAGACUCAACCUGCCUGAAAUGGCUUGAUAAACAGCCAGCCAACUCGGUCAUCUAUGUUGCAUUUGGGAGCUUCACGGUCUUUGACCAGAGCCAGUUCCAAGAACUGGCUCUGGGGCUUGAACUCACUAAUAGGCCAUUUCUAUGGGUCGUGCGGCCAGAUUUAACUGACAAGACAAAUGAUGCUUAUCCAGAAGGAUUUAAAGAUAGAGUAGCCACUCGUGGCCGAAUGGUCGGUUGGGCACCUCAGCAGAGGGUCUUGAAUCAUCCUUCCAUCGCUUGCUUCUUAAGCCAUUGUGGUUGGAAUUCUACUAUGGAAGGUGUAAGCAAUGGAAUUCCCUUCUUGUGCUGGCCCUACUUUGCUGACCAGUUUCUUAACCAGACCUACAUUUGUGAUGUUUGGAUGGUUGGAUUGAGUUUUAACCGAGAUCAAAGUGGGAUCAUCACAAAAGAGGAGAUUAAGGAAAAGGUGGAUCAACUUCUCGGAAACAAGAAAUUCAAAACAAGGUCCUUGGAACUUAAAGAGAAGGCUAUUGAUAGUGUCAAAGAAGGUGGCUGCUCUCCCAAGAAUUUAAACAAUUUCUUUGAAUGGAUGAAGGCAUAGACAAGUUGUUCAUGCUGUGAACAG